AUGCGUAGCAAGCAGUUGCUCAACGAGCUCAUUGAGCUCGCACGACAAGAGGCAACCGAGCAGUUCCAAGACGUGUGGCACCUUUCAGCGAACACAGAAGAGCAGGAGCCGGGCGUCCACCUUCAACUCGACUUUCGCGACCAUGCCGACCGUGGCGGUCGCUACAUAGGAGAGCUACGUAAUGCCACAGGCUUGAACAGGAAUAAUCGCGAAGGCGAGUACAAGUUCUGGGACGAGUCGAACCUGAAGCUGUUCUGGAGGGUUGACGGAAUGCCGACGGCCGCACGCGCUCUGCUCUACACUAUGCGGAAGAAACAUGAGAUUUGUGAAACGCCUGACGUAUGGAUGGGAUUUGUGGGCAGCAUAGACGAGGAACUCGGCCCCGCAAAGCCAUGCCGUCUCCGCCUGCAGUCGAUUCUUGGUCCGCUGAAGUUCUGGGAUAAGCUUUCCGAGAAGUAUUCGGGACCUGACGAGCUACUUGAGGGCACCGAGGGAGAAUUGUCUGCAAGCUACUGCCAGCCCUUCUGGUCAUUCGCAAUCGAAGUCAUACGCUGCGCACCGCAUAUGUUGAAGGCUGGGUAUAAAACCAAGCGCAACGGCAAGUCAAUAAAGCGCUGCUCGUGGGCUCGACUCCUUGUGCUCCUAUUCUUGCCCCGAGAGGACCUGAUGCAGGAGUUGGUUGGGGCUGGUCUAGCUCCGAAGAACCCGCCAGCUGGGUGGCAUCAGCAGGCACGCGAGCAGAUGAAGGAAGCGCUCAUGCAACAAAACGGUGUUAAAUUACGCGCCAGCAUCCGCAAUGGAUGGGACGAUCUCUGCCGUGAGCUUGAUAAGCUUUACUUCGACAGUGACCUCUACACAGACUUUCCGAUACCGCAGCCUCCACUCCGAUCUGCUAGCGAGGACGAGCAAGUUUUGGAACGUUUACAGGACGAGAACCGAGAUGUAGAGGACACUCAAGGUAAGGAAGCCGAAAUCCCGAACGCUAACCAGGUGUCGAGCGCGGAGAGUAUCACACCAACGACCCCCCAUUACCCUCGUUAUCAGCAUCGACCUCCAGCAGCAGUGCAGGGAACUAAGAAACGGAACCUUACUACCAGCGAGAGCGAAUAUCACGAUAUUGCCAAUGAAGAGAAGUCCCGGCAGCGCAAAAAGCAACGUGCUUUGCCCCGGCGACCCACCCGUUGGGACUUCUCGGAUGACGAUGAUGAAGUGUCGCAGUAUCAUGUUCUGGCUAAUUAUCAAUUGUCUAGGUCCCUAGAGCAGGACUUUCAAGAUCAUGCGACGAAGGGCAUAGGGGAGACCAGCAGCAACCACGAUGAGAAGACAGCCUCGCAAAAGGAGUCGCAGACCAAGGAGGCCCCUGUUGCGGAGGACCACAAGUCGAACGAGACACCCAAGGAGAAGGAUAUAGCUCGACCCAAGGAAACCUGA